ACUCCGGCAGGGCGCGACCGGCGCGGCUGAGGUGAGGCGAGGCGGGGCGGCGGCGGCGGCACCGGUGGCGGCUCCGGUGUUGGGCACACGGCUUCCUAGCCCUGUCCGAGCAGCGUUCAGCCCUUUCCUGAAGACCUAGUGGGCUGCGAGCCGUGCUGAUCUGAAGGGAUCUCUUUACACUUAAAGAUGGCUGCUGAUACGUCUGUUGAAAUUCUCCAGAAAGUUCUGGAGAAUGAAAUACUUCAGACCACCAAGGUAGUAGAAGAACAUCUGGAUGCGGAAAUGCAGAAGCUGGACCAAAUGGAUGAAGAUGAGUUGGAACGCCUUAAGCAAAGGAGGCUUGAAGCACUGAAAAAGGCUAAACAGCAGAAACAGGAGUGGCUUUCAAAAGGACAUGGGGAGUACAGAGAAAUCCCAAGUGAGAGAGACUUUUUCCAAGAAGUCAAAGAAAGUAAAAAUGUGGUUUGCCACUUCUAUAGAGAUACAACUUUCAGGUGUCAGAUAAUGGACAAGCAUUUGACCGUAUUGGCAAAAAAGCAUGUUGAGACAAAAUUCUUGAAACUAAAUGCAGAAAAAUCUCCUUUCUUAUGCGAGAGACUGCGCAUCAAAGUAAUCCCCACUCUAGCACUAAUAAAAGAUGGAAAAUCGCAAGACUAUGUUGUUGGCUUCACUGAUCUCGGUAACACGGAUGACUUCACUACAGAGACCUUGGAGUGGAGACUAGGCUGUGCAGACAUAAUUAAUUACAGUGGAAACUUGAUGGAGCCACCUUUUCAAAACCAAAAGAAAUUUGGAACAAGCUUCACAAAGUUGGAGAAGAAGACCAUCAGAGGGAAGAAAUAUGAUUCAGAUUCUGAUGAUGACUAAAAUAGUUAAACGUGUUUGUAAAUCAUCUUUUGUUUAUGCUUGGUACAUUUUUAAGAAUGUUUUUUAUAAAGCUUAUUGCUUUUUCACUACAUCUGCACAUAACGCUCACUUUUCUAUACAGUUUUAUACAACUGGGUCAUAUCAGGAGAAAGCUUAAAUAUUUUUUUUCCUCUUUUGGAGGUCAUUUGUAAUUCAACAAUCUAAGUCCUAUCUAAAUAAUAUGUUGCAAAUGAUGAAGAGUACAUCUUUGUCUGAGAGUACAUCUAUGAAGCGUUUUGAAGUAACUUAGAACAAACUGUACCAAGACAGAUCAAAGGUCCAUCCGGCCUAAUAUCCAGGCUCAGUGGCCAAAAGCAGAUGCACAAGGAAGAGAGGGGAGGAAAAAAAGGGUGAGCAGAUAGCGGUGCUUCCCCAAAACAUACUUUGAGCAGUCUGUGGCUUGGGGAACUCCAUAUCUGAAAGCAUUUGCUGGAUAAAAAGAAAUCUUUUGAAGUCCUCAUUGCAUCUUCUUAGCAUCCACCUCACAUGGCAAGGAGUCCACAACUUAAGUGUGUUGUAUGAAGAACUAUUCCCCAUCAUUUUCCUUGAAUCUGACAAUUCCCUUUUUUUUAUUUUCUUCAUUAAAGGAACAACAGACACUUCUAAGAAUUUUCUCUAUCAGUUCCUUUUCCAGUUCUCUUUAAUCUUAUUGUUAUUGGUAAAAGCACUGCAAAUUAUUAGUACCAGGAAUUGUGCAUUUUAACGAAGAUUGCUUACCUUAUGGUGCCAUAUCACAACAUUGAGUAACUUAAUCGUAUUGCACUAUAAGCUGUAAAAACAGACAUAACUUCUGAAAGUGGUGGUCAAGAGAAAUGCCCUUUUGCCAUCUAUGUACGCUGCAUGUGGAAGCUGACACAGCGGGCAAUAGCACAUAGCAACAAACAUAUUGAAACCAGCCUUGUUUGCAGGUUUGUAUGAUUCUGUGGUUUUGAAUGUGUGAAUUUUACAGCGGGUGCUUUGUACAGGAGGGUAGGCUAGAGAAAAGCGUUCGGGAGAGGCCUUGAUCUGUUAGAUAUAGCGCAGCAUGCUGUGUACCGUUUCUUCAGUAAUGGACAGGAUUUUCAAGGGAGAUCUUCCUUGGAACACAACUUAAAGCUUCUGCCUAGGCAAAGUGUCGAUGGCUUGUCUUAGUUCUCAAAAACAGAGUUUGCUGUGUGCUGGAGGACCCUUUGACAGUAGUACUUGGAAUUCAGUUGGCCCAGAAAAUGAUGAACUGGGUCUAGUUACUCGUGCUGCCUUGUAGUGGAGAGUGCUUGUGAUUGGGCCAGCCCAGCAAUAUUACUCUAAGUUUAAAAAUAACAAUGAUUCUAUUUUAUUUCAGUUCAUGUACAUUGAAAUAAAAUUAUUUUAAUUCUAA